CUACUACCCUCUUUCCCCAUCCUGAUUGAGCCCCCUGUACCUUGUUCGUGCCUUCAGUAGGGGUGAUUACAUGGGUCGCGUUCAGGAAGUGGGCUGGGUGACUGCAGGACUGGUGGUUUGGGCUGGUACCUGCUACUACCUUUACAGAUUAACCAAGGGAAGAGCGCAGAGUGUGAGGACACUUGCCAAAAAUGGGUCCAGAGUCAAGAUGGAGACUGUGCUUGGGGUACAGAACCAGACCUUGGCCACGGGUGAAGCCAUGGCUGGGACAGAGACUGAGACUAGACCCCAGGCCACGUCUGGAGCAGAAGCUGAAGCAGGAGGUAGGGCUGGGGCUGAAGUAGAGAUUACCACCACUGCUAAAGCCAGACCCAAAGCCAACUCUCAGGCCAUGACAAUGGCUGAGGCAGAGGCAGCGAUACAAUCUGAGGCCAAAACAGUGGCCAGAACAGUGGGCACGACAGAGGUGGUGACUCUGACUGAGGCCCAGGUCAAAGCUGGGGAAGUGGCUAUGAAAGAGGCUGUGACCCAAACUGACUCUGAGGCUGGGAGAGUAGUCAAGAAAGAGGCUGUGACCCAGACCAAGGUUAAAAUUUGGGCACUGGCUGCCAGGGCAGAGACCAAGAAAGAAGUAAUGACCCAGAACAAAGUGGAGGCUCGUAUACUGGCUGAAAAAGAGAUGAAAAGAAUAAUGGUGACACAGAGCGAGGCCUUAGGAGUGAUCAGGGAAGUGACCAAGAUCAGUGCCAUGAGUAAGACUGGAAUUGUGGCUGAGACCAAGGCAAGAGCCCUGGAAGAGAUUGUGAGUGUGGCCAAGACUCAGUCUGAGGCCAGGCCUGGUAACACAGUUGAUGCUAAGGGAAAUCCUAAUACCGUGUCCAGGGCAGAAGUUGGAGUGGACAUGAGGUCUUGUGCACCAUCUCAGGCUGUGACCAAGGUCCAGGUCGACACCAUGCCUGGUGCUGGGGUUGAGGUCAAGGGGAAUCGCAAAACCAUGUCUCGGGCAGAGUCUAGGGCAGACGUGAGGGCUCCUGCCCAGCCUCAGAUUAUAGCCAAGACCCAGGCUGAGGCUAUGCUUGGGGCAAAGGUUGAUGCUGGGGGUAUUACAAAUGCCAUGUGUAAGGUAGGGGCAGGGGCAGACAUGAGAGUUUCUACACAACCUCAGACUGUGGCCAAGAAACAGGCCGAGACAAUGUUUGGUGCCGGGGUUGAUGACAGGGGAAAUGCUGAUGUCACAUCUAAGGCAGUGGCUGGAGCUGACAUGAAGGUUGCUGCUCAACUUCAAGCUGCAGCCGGUGUUCAGGCUGAGGCUAUGCCUGAUGUCAGGGUUAAAGGAAGAGGUAACUCCAGUGCGAUGUCUAAAACAGGGGCAAGGGCAAACUUGAGGGCCAAUUCCCAGGCUGAGGCCUUGCCUGAUGCCAGGGUUAAGACCAGAGACAAUCCCAAUGCCAAGUCUAAGAUGGGGGCUGGGACAGAUAUGGAGCUCUAUAUGCAGCCUCAGCCUGUGGCCAAUGUCCAGGUUGAUGCCUUGCCUGAUGGCAGGAUUAAGGCUAAAGGCAAUGCCAACACGUUAUCUAAAGAAGGGGCUGGGACAGACACAAAGGCACAGUCUCAGGCUUCCACCAAGAGCCAGGUUGAGACCUUACCUGGUACUAGAGGUAAGACUAGGGGAAAAGGCAAAAGUAAGCAUAAAGCAGGAGUUGGGAUAGAAAUGAAAACCUGCGCGCAGCCUCAGGUUGGAGCCAAGACCCAAGCUGAUGCUUUUCCCGAUUCCAGGGUUGAUGGCAGGGGUGAUCCUAAUGCCAUUUCUAGGUCAGGGGCUAAGGCGGAACUGAGGGCCUGUGGUCAGCUCCAGACUGAGGCCAGUUCCCAGGGUGAGGGCUUGCCUGGUACUAAGAAUAAGGUCAGAGGCAAUCCCAGUGCUGUGUCUAAGGCAGGGACUGGGCCAGAUACACUGGGCUCUGCCCAGCUCCAGGCUGUGGCCAAUUCCCAGGGUGAAGCCUUGUCUGGUAAUAAGAGCAAGGUCAGGGGCAAUCCCAAUGUUGUGUCUAAGGCAGGGAUUGGGCCAGAUACUAUGUGUUCUGCCCAGGGUGAAACAGAUACAACAGGCUCUGCCCAGCCCCAGGCUGUGGCCAGUUCCCAGGGUGAAGCCUUGCCUGGUACUAAGAACAGAGUCAGGGACAAUUCCAAUGCUGUGUCUAAGACAGGGGCUGGGCCAGGUACAAUAGGUUCUGCUCAGCCUGAGGCUGUGUCUAAUUCCCAAGGUGAAACCUUGCCUGGUACUAAGAAUAAGGUCAGAGGCAAGUCCAGUGCUUUGUCUAAGGCAGGGGCUGGGCCGGAUACAGUGGGCUCUGCCCAGCUCCAGACUGCGGCCAAUGCCCAGGAUGAAGCCUUGUCUGGUACCAAGAAUAAAGUCAGGACCAAUCCCAGUGCCGUGCCUAAGGCAGAUGCCAGACCAGAUUCAGUGGGCUCUGCCCAGCCUCAAACAGAUAUAACAGGUGCUGCCCAGCCCAUGGCUGUGGCCAAUUCCCGGAGUGAGGCCUUGCCCAGUAUCAAGAAUAAGGGUAAGGGCAAUCCCAGUGCUUUGUCUAAAGCAGGGACUGGGCCAGAUAUAGUAGGUUCUGCCCAGCCUCAGGUUGUGCCCAAUUCCCAGGGUGAAGUCUUGUCUGGUACUAAGAACAAGGUCAGGGGCAAUCCCAGUGCCAUGUCUAAGGCAGAGGCCAGGGCAGAUGCAAUGGGCUCUGCCCAGCCUCAAACGGACACAACAGGCUCUGCCCAGCCCCUGGCUGUGGCCAGUUCCCAGGGUGAAGCCUUGCCUAGUAUGAAGAAUAAAGUUAGGGGUAAGUCCAAUGCUGUGUCUAAGAUAGGGGUUGGGCUAGAUACAGUGAACUCUGCCCAGCCUCAGGUCGUGGCCAGUUCCCAAGGUGAAGUCUUGCCUGGGACUAAGAAGAAGAUCAGGGGCAAUCCCAGUGCUGUGUCUAAGGCAGAGGCCAGAGCAGACACAAUGGGCUCUGCCCAGCCUCAAACAGACACAACAGGCUCUGCCCAGCCCCUGGCUGUGGCCAAUUCCCAAGGUGAAACCUUGCCUAGUAUCAAGAAUAAGGUUAGGGGCAAGUCCAGUGCUAUGUCUAAUAAGACAGGGGCUGGGCUAGAUACAGUGGGCUCUGCCCAGCCCCAGGCUGUAGCCAAUUCCCAGGGUGAAGUCUUGUCUGGUACUAAGAACAAGGUCAGGGGCAAUCCCAGUGCUUCCAAUGCUGUGUCUAAGAUAGGGGCUGGGCCAGAUACAGUGAACUCUGCCCAGCCUCAGGUUGUGGCCAGUUCCCGAGGGGAAGUCUUGCCUGGGACUAAGAACAAGGUCAGGGGAAAUUCCAAUGUUGUGUCUAAGACAGGAGCUGGGCCAGAUACAGUGGGCUCUGCCCAGCUCCAGGCUGUGGUUAAUUCCCAGGGUGAGGCCUUGCCUGGUGUCAAGAAAAAGGUCAGAGGCAAUUCCAAUGCUGUAUCUGAGACAGAGGCCAGGGCAGAUAUAACAGGCUCUGCCUGGCCUCAGGCUGUGGCCACUUCCCAGGGUGAAGUUUUGCCUGGUACUAAGAAUGUCAGGGGCAAUCCCAAUGCUGUGUCAAAGGCAGAGGUUGGGGCAGAUACAAUGGGCUCUGCGCAACCCCUGGCUGUGGCCAAUUCCCAGGGUGAAGUCUUAGCUGGCACUAAGAAUAAGGUCCGGGGCAAUCUCAGUGCUGUGUCUAAAGCAGGGAUUGGGCCAGAUACAGUGGGUUCUGUCCAGCCCCAGGCUGUGGUCAAUUCCCAGGGUGAAAUCUUGCCUGGGACAAAGGACAGGGCUAUACCCAAGUCUGAGGCAGAUGAGGGCUAUGCAAAGCCCAAGGCUGAGGCCACACCCACUGUUGGGAGUGGGGGUGGGACAGGCACUCAGGCCUGCAGAAAGACUCGGUCUAGGGUCCAUGACUACUACUGGAAUGGGAUUGGUAUUGAGGAUUGGAUUGCUUCUGAGCGAUGGAUCAAAUUUAGGUUUCAGGCCAGGGAUGGAUACUGGGAGAAUAGCAUGUCCUGGGCUGAUGAUGAGAAUGAAGCCAGUAUUGAGUCCUGGAGUGGGGCUAGUGAUAAGUCUGAUAUUAGGUCCUGGGCUGGGGCUAAGGGUGAAAAUGAAGUUGGUUUUCCAUCCUGGGCUACAGCUGGGGACCAGGCCUGUGGGGGGCUCUGGGUUGAGAGUCAGGCCAGUGGGGGUUCUUUGUCAGAGGCCAGGGACAUGGCCAUUGGAGCAUCCUGGAUUGGGGCUGAGAACCAGGCCAGUGGGGUGUCUUGGGCUAGCACCGGGAACCAGGCUAUUGGGGAGCCCUGGGCUGGAGGUCAGGCCAGUGGGGUGUCCUGGGCUGGGGAAGAUGCCAUUGGAGGGUCCUGGAUGGGAGCUGAGGAACAGGACAGUGGAAGGUCCCAGGAUGGCGCUGGGAUUCAGGCUAAUGGAGGGUCCUGGGCUGAAGCUAGAGCUGGGAAUGUGGCUAGUAUUGGGCACUGGCCUGGGGAUAUGGACCAGGCUAGUGGAGGGUACUGGGUUGGGACUGGUGACCUGUCUGGUGGAUCCAAGCCUAGAUUUGAGGAUCAGGCCAGUGAAGAUAUGUCCUGGGCUGACACAGCCAACCAAGCCAGUGGAGGGUCCAGGCUGAGGCCUGUGGACCAGUCUGGUGGUGAGUCCUGGGCUAGGGCUGGGGAACAGGCCAGUGGAGGAUUCUUGGUUGGGACUAUGGACCAGGCCAGUGGGGGGUCCUGGGCUGGGACUGGUGAUCAGUCUGGUGGUGAGUCCAAGCCUGGAUUUGAGGAUCUGGCAAACGUAGAAGUGUCUUUGGCUAGGGUUGGUGGCCAGGCUGGUGGAGGGCCUAGGCUGGGGCCUGAGGACCAGUCCAGUGGAAGGUCCUGGGCUGACUCUGGGGACCAAGCCAGUGGAGGGUUCUUGGUUGGGGCUGCGGACCAGGCCAAUGGAGGGACCUGGGCUGUACCUGGGGAUCAGGCUGGUGGUGAGACAAAGCCUAGAUCUGAAGAGCAGGCAAGUGGAAGAGGGUCUUGGGCUGACAAUGGGGGCCAGGCUGGUGGAGGGUCUAGGCUGGGUCCCAGGGACCAGUCCAUUGGAGAUUCCUGGGCUGGCACUGGGGACCAGGCCAGUGAAGAAUGUAGGCCCGGGCCUGAGGAUCAGUCCAAUGGAUGGUUCUGUGCUUACAGUGGGAGUCAGGCUAAUGCAAGUGGGUCCUGGGGUGGGGCUGGUGGCCAGGCUAUUGGAGGAUCUAGACUAGGGCCCACGAUCCCAUCCAGUGGUGGGUCCUGGGCUGAUACUGGAAGUCAGGUCAGUGGAAGGUCUUGGGCUGGGACUGGAGAUCAGGCUAGUAGCUGUCCCAAACCUGGAUUUGAGGAUCAAGCCAAUGGAGGAGGGUUCUGUUCUGGUGCUGAGGACCAGGCUGUUGGAGGGUCUAAUCCAGGGCCUGCAAACCAGUCCAGUGGUGGGUCCUGGACUGGCACUGGGAGUCAGGCCAGUGGAAGGUCCUGGGCUGGGACUGGGGAUCAGGCUGAUAGUGGUUCCAAACCUGGAUUUGAGGACCCAGCAGGUAGAGAAGGCUCCCAGCCUGGCACUGGGGAUCAGGCUAGUGGAAAAUCUUGGGCUGGGUCUAGGCCUGGUAAUGAAGCCAGUAGAGGGUCUAGGCUGGGGCCCAAGGACCAGGCAAGUGGAGGGCCCUGGGCUACGGCUGGUGACCAGGCCAGUGGAAGACCCCAGAUCAGUGCCGAGAUGGAGGCCAGUGAAAGAUCCUGGUUUGGGCCUGGGGGUGAGACUAGUACCGGGUCCUGCUUCAGGAGAGGGGAAGAGGCUGGUAUUGUAUCCAAACCUGGAGGUAAAAACGAGGUCAGUACUGAAUCCAGAUCAAGGGCUAAAGAAGAAGCCGUCAUUAGUUCCAGAUUUGGGGCUGAGGAUAAGGCCAAUAUUGGGUCCUGGAUCAGAUCUGAAGAGGCAGCCUGUAUGGAUUCCUGUAUGGGGGCUGAGGCUGGGGCUGCGGCAGAGGUCAGGAAGGAGUCUUGGCUCUGGGAUGGAGAUGCAGCCACUACAGGGUCUAGGCUUGGGGCUGAGGAAGAGGCUUGCGUGGGGUCAUGGACUUGGGCUGAGGAUGUGGAUGAGGAUGAGCUAAGUAGAGCAUCCAGCCCUGAUAUUGAGGAGAUCAGUUUAAGGUCCUUGUUUUGGGCUGACAGUGAGAAGAGUCAUGAGUUCAGAUCCGAGAGGGAGCGAAAGGUCAAUUUUGAGUGUGGAGCUGGAGAUAAGGCCAGCGCCAAGGAUAACUUUGAGGCACCAACUGCUGGUGGAGUUGAGGAAAAGUCUUGGUUCUGGGAUGGUAAUGAAAACAGAAGUGAGGACAAAUCUGCACCUAAGACUAAAGCCAAAAAGUCAGCUGAGUCAAGAGGCACAUAUCCAUCCAUGGUCCCUGGGGCAGGAAUGGGGUCAUGGGCAGGAGCCAUGAUCUGGACGGAAAUGAAAUUUCCAUACCAAAAUAAGUCCUGCUUCCCACCUGAAGAUGAGCUAAGAAAGCAGAUCAGGGAUGAGGAGAAAACUCAGCCCUGGACCUGUCGCUGUAAACGCGAAGCUAAUAUGGAUCCACGAGAGCUUGAAAAACUCAUUUGCAUGAUUGAGAUGACCGAAGAUCCUUCUAUUCAUGAAAUAGCCAAUAAUGCUCUUUAUAACAGUCCCGAAUAUCCCUUUUCCCAUGAAGUCAUUCGAAAUGCAGGUAGAAUCUCAAUUAUUGAAAGUUUGCUCAAUAAUCCCUAUCCCAGUGUAAGGCAGAAGGCUUUAAAUGCACUGAAUAACAUCUCAGUGGCUGCUGAAAAUCAUAGGAAGGUGAAAACAUACUUAAACCAAGUAUGUGAAGACACAGUCACCUAUCCCUUGAAUUCAAAUGUACAGCUGGCUGGACUAAGACUGAUAAAGCACUUGACUAUUAUUAGUGAAUAUCAGCAUAUGGUUACAAAUUAUAUUUCAGAAUUUCUUCGUUUGUUAACUGUGGGAAGUGGAGAAACAAAAGACCAUAUUUUGGGAAUGCUUUUGAAUUUCUCUAAAAAUCCAUCUAUGACAAAAGACUUACUCAUUGCCAGUGCACCAACGUCACUGAUUAAUAUCUUUAGCAAGAAAGAGACGAAAGAGACUAUUCUUAAUGCUCUUUCACUAUUUGAAAAUAUAAAUUAUCAUUUUAAAAGAAGGGCAAAAGUAUUUACGCAGGACAAGUUCAGUAAAAAUUCUCUUUAUUUCAUAUUCCAACGGCCUAAAGCAUGUGCCAAGAAACUCCGAGUCUUAGCAGCAGAGUACAGUGACCCUGAGGUGAAAGAAAGAGUUGAGCUAUUAUUAAGUAAGUUCUGAUUAGUUGUAUGUUCCCAAACA